CAAUAUAAAUUUCCCAUUUUAGCAUACACUAUAGCUCAUAACAUGUGUUGGUUAUUAAGAACAGCCUUGUUUGCUAAUCUUUAUCAUGGCUCUGAAAUCAUCUUGGAGUGUACUGUAAUGCGUAUUGAAACGUGGGUGAGAUGUUGGCUUGACCAUGCUGAACCAACAGACAAGAGCAGGUGGGAAAGGGUCUCUGAGCUACAGUUCCAGCAGGGUGGGCUGAUGCUGACGCCCUACCCUUUCCUCCUCACACUCUACCUGGAAACCCACGAUGGCCUGCAUGCGCACACAGCUAAGCAGUCCGGGGCCUGGACACCGGUGAGAGCAGCAGAACAGGGUGCACUUCCUCUGCCUCCGAGCCUCACCUGUCAGCACAAGCGCAGUAGGACUGAGCAGCCACCAGGGGGCUCUCCAACUCAGCGCAGAUGCGGGGGCGCCCGGCCGCCCCCAGAGAGGACCACUGGAGCCGAAACGAUGGCUGGAGACAGGAGGGUGUGUCUCCCCGCCAAACGAAGGCCCGCGGUGUCUACCCAUCAUGCCCCGACAGCGCUCCGCCCUGUUACUGCCGCGCAUGACCACCGCCUGACACACAGGCGCACUCAGGUUCCAGGACAUUUAGCAGCGGUUAACACCGCCCCAGUCAGCAGUGCUGUGAUACAGACAGAAGGGUGGGAGGAAGGAGGGGCUGAGAGUGAAGGGGAGGGGCUUACCAGGACUGCAGAGCAGGGUGAACCUGAAGGACCCGCCCCCAGUGACUCCGAGACAGGCCAGCCAGGUGUUCUUACCAGCUUUGCCAGGAAACUGUUUCCCUUCUCCCUGUUCGUUAGAAGCUGGAGGAAAUAGAGGGAGCACUUUUUCGCUUGUUUUACUGUUCCAGUGUGACCAUUUUCCUAAAUUAUAAAAUGCAAAAAAGGCAAGCACUACGGUAGAUAACUGCAUUGUCAUCAAAAGGUUUAAAUGCCAGCAUUUUUUUUUAAACUAGAAGAGCCAUGAGUCUUCUGUUCACUGUUUGUCAACAGGUAAUUUUAUGGCACCACAGCAAAUUAAGUUAAUUUCAUUAGUAGAUUAUUCAGUAUGUUUUAAAUUCUGUUUUGGUUGUAGCUGUUAUUACAUGCCAGUAGAAUUAGUAAUAUUAGUUAUAAUUGAAUAAAACCACAUUUUUAGUGUCUGUUAAUUGUGUAUUUUCUACUUGUAUUGUAAAUGUAU